GGCCCCCCAGGCCCGCCGGGAAUGCCUGGAUCGGAUGGCAUCGACGGUGACAAGGGGCCCCCUGGGAAAGCCGGCCCUCCGGGGCUCAAGGGAGAGCCUGGCAGACCAGGGCCAGAUGGGCCGGAUGGGAAGCCAGGGAUUGAUGGUUUAACUGGAGCCAAGGGAGAGCCUGGUCCCAUGGGAACACCUGGAGUCAAGGGCCAGCCUGGGCUCCCAGGUCCCCCUGGCCUGCCGGGUCCUGGUUUCGCUGGACCUCCUGGGCAACCUGGACCUGUUGGUCUCCCUGGUGAGAUCGGAAUCCCAGGGCCCAAGGGAGAUUCAGGACCACAAGGGCCAGCAGGGCCCCCAGGACCUCCUGGGAAACCGGGGCGCCCAGGAACCAUCCAGGGCCUGGAAGGGAGUGCAGAUUUCCUGUGUCCAACCAACUGUCCAGCGGGUGCCAAAGGCCCCCUGGGGCUGCAGGGAGUGAAGGGGCAUCCAGGCAAACGUGGGGUUCUGGGGGACCCUGGCCGCCAGGGAAAGCCGGGUCCCAAAGGAGAUGUGGGUACCUCUGGAGAGCAAGGCAUCCCCGGACCACCGGGUCCCCAGGGCAUCAGGGGCUACCCAGGAAUGGCAGGACCCAAGGGAGAGAUGGGUCCUCAAGGGUAUAAAGGCAUGCUGGGCUCCAUUGGCGCUGCUGGGUCACCGGGUGAGGAAGGUCCGAGGGGACCACCAGGCCGACCUGGGGAGAGGGGUGACGUGGGCAGCCAAGGUGUUCGAGGACCCCAGGGGAUAACAGGUCCAAAGGGAGCGACCGGCUCCCCAGGCAUCGAUGGCAAGGAUGGGACCCCAGGCACACCUGGCGUGAAAGGCAGCGCAGGACAGGCAGGGCAUCCAGGUAACCCAGGCCACCAAGGCCUAGCGGGUGUGCCAGGCCAGCCUGGAGUAAAAGGAGGCCCAGGGGACAAGGGUGAGCCAGGCCAGCAGGGCCUCCCUGGAUUCUCUGGUCCUCCUGGGAAGGAGGGAGAGCCAGGGCCUCGAGGGGAAAUUGGUCCCCGGGGCAUCAUAGGGCAGAAGGGUGAUCGUGGUGAGAGGGGGCCUGUGGGGCAGCCAGGCCCUCAAGGACGACAGGGCCCCAAGGGGGAACAGGGUCCCCCUGGAAUUCCAGGGCCCCAAGGCUUGCCAGGCAUCAAGGGAGACAAGGGCUUCCCAGGGAAGACCGGCCCCCGCGGCGGAGUGGGCGACCCGGGGGUGGCCGGCCUCCCCGGAGAGAAAGGCGAGAAGGGCGAGUCUGGAGAGCGGGGGCCCAGGGGCCAGCAAGGCGUCGGAGGAGAACCUGGCUACCCUGGCCCCAGUGGAGAUGCGGGGUCCCCAGGGGUGCAGGGCUACCCUGGGCUGCCCGGCCCUCGAGGACUGUCUGGAGACCGAGGCGUGCCAGGCCAGCCCGGGAGACAGGGCCUAGCGGGCCGAGAUCCCAGUGACCAGCACAUCGUGGACGUGGUUCUGAAGAUGAUGCAAGAGCAACUGGCAGAGGUGGCUGUGAGUGCCAAGCGGGAAGCCCUUGGUGCAGCAGGGAUGAUGGGUCCUCCAGGACCCCCUGGGCCACCUGGGUACCCAGGCAAGCAGGGACCGCACGGGCACCCUGGCCCUCGGGGCAUUCCUGGCAUUGUAGGAGCUGUGGGUCAGAUUGGCAACACAGGACCCAAGGGAAAGCGUGGAGAGAAGGGAGACCGAGGCGAAGUAGGACGUGGGCACCCUGGUAUGCCUGGUCCCCCAGGGAUCCCGGGACUCCCUGGUCGGCCUGGCCAGGCAAUCAAUGGCAAGGAUGGAGACCGAGGGUCUCCAGGAGCUCCAGGAGAGGCAGGCCGACCUGGCCUACCAGGCCCUGUGGGGCUGCCAGGCUUCUGUGAACCUGCAGCCUGCCUUGGAGCAUCAGCCUAUACCUCUGCCCGCCUCACAGAGCCUGGAUCCAUUAAAGGACCGUGAGCAGCAGGCCAGAACAGGGCCUGCAGGAUCCUGGGUCCUCUCCAGGUGGACAUGCUCCUACCCCAGGGAGCUAGCUUCCCAGGACCUUUGGUGGAGGUCUUGAGGACAAGGAGUCAAAAACACAGGGGAAGGGAAGGGAAGGCAUUAAGAGUGAAAAGGUGAGACCAACAGAUAGAGCAAGUGUUGCUGGAAAGUCAACGUUCUGAGGGAGCAGGGUCACUUUCCUUCCUGGAGGACCACCAGAUGUUGCCAGAUGUUUCCUUAGUCUGCACCAUUUUCCACUGGCCAUCUCAUCACUGGGGCAGGAGGACUGAGGUCUCUGCUGGUUCCUGAUCUCAUUCUCUGGACUUACUGGGUGGCUGCUGAUGGGUGACCACCCUGGAAUGGCAUCUUUAAGCCAGUCCCACCCUUCCUUCCAGCCUCCCAUCUGCAUAUUUAAACACCCAUCUGCUUUCUCUUUCUGGAAUUACUCUCUCCCACCCGCUUCUCCCAUAUCCAUUCUGGUCUCUGUUGUUGUAAAUAAAAGCCCCCAACUUGGGUACAAAUCAG